CUCUCUCUCUCUCUCUCUCUCUCUCUCUCUCUCUCUCUCUCUCUCUCUCUCUCUCUCACAGACAAAUCUCUCUCUCUCUCUCUCUCUCUCUCUCUCUCUCUCUCUCUCUCUCUCUCUCAUUCAUUUUCUGCAUAAUUCAUCAUCCUUCAUUUUUUUCUUUCUUCAUUUUCAUUUUCUUAUUCCUUUCAUCUUUCAUCUCAUUUUUUUCUUUACGUCACCAAACACCUCUCUCUCUCUCUCUCUCUCUCUCUCUCUCUCUCUCUCUCUCUCUCU